AUGAAACGCAAAUGGAAGCCGCGGGGCAGCGACAAAAAGAAGAAAAGCGCUGGUGUGUUGCAGAAAUACAUGGUGGCGGUAGGAGAUUUUGUCAAAAGCAAAAGCGGCGAAGGAGAAGCAGAAAAUGACGCCGGUUUCAGGUCAGUCAAACGGAAAAGUAGAAAGGAGAUGCGCAAAGAGAAACGAAAGCUGAAGAAAGCCAGGAUGAAAAGUCACUACCAAGGUAAACAGACUAAUAACCUGGCAAUUGGUGGUGAUACACAGACAGUAACCGCCCUUAAGCAGAAGAAUAAAAUGUCUAAAACAAAUGCAAAGCAACCGGAAAAUCAAAAAAUAGCACAAAAGAAAACCAGCAAGCUUCAAGAGCUGAAGAAAAAGAAGCUUUUGGAGGUGAACAAACAGGACGACAUCCAAAAAGUGCCCAAAACAAAUGAUAAAUCCAAAGUGGCCCCCAAUAAAACGAACAAGCUUCAAGAGUCAAGGAAGAAGGCGCUUUUGGAGGCAAAUGAACAGGAGGACCGAGAAAUUAAAAAACUAGAGCGCUACUUGAAAUUAAACAAAAGGAAAAACAAGAAAAGCCUGCCUCAAUCAUUUGUGGCUGAUGGGCUGGACUACAUCCUGGGUGCUCUCGAUGCGGACACUUUGGCCACAGGGAUGUAUGACAGUGAUGACAACAUGGACGUUGCCAAGGACAACUUUGAACAACUUAAUGAGGACAACUCGGAUCAGGAUGAAGAGGACUUGAUGAGUGAAGGAGAAGAUGUGAAUGAUGAGGGAGAAGAAGAAGGAGAGGAGGAUGCUGAUGUGGAGGAGGAUGCUGAUGAGGAGGAGGAUCCAAGUGAGGAAGAGGACGCAGUGGACGAGGAACUGGAGGACAAAACUGACAAUGACGAGGAAGCAGAAGAGGCUUCUGAAUCCAGUUCAAUCAAUGCUCCAUCGGCAACAGGCAAAUACGUGCCACCUCAAAUGCGUGACGCUGGAGGUGACCAACGCAAAGCUGAGCUGGAAAAACUGAAGAAGAAUGUGAAAGGACUCGUCAACAGGCUCAGUGAGCCCAACAUGUCGUCUAUAAGCAGCCAGCUUGAGGCGCUCUACAUGAGCCACAGCAGGAAAGACAUGAACGAGACUUUGACAGAGGUGCUGCUGGCAGCUUGCGUCACGCCAGCACUGAUGCCUGACCGCUUGUUGAUGGAACACAUCCUCCUGGUCAGCAUCCUUCAUCACGCUGUGGGCUUGGAGGUGGGAGCCCAUUUUCUGGAGACGGUCGUACGCCAAUUCGACGACACGUACAAGCAGCCGAGUGAAGGCAAAGAGUGCGACAACCUUGUCGCCAUCGUUGCACACCUAUACAACUUCCAAGUGGUGCACUCGCUACUCAUCUUUGACAUCCUACAGCGCCUCGUGGCGGCGUUCACCGAGAAGGAUAUCGAGCUAGUGCUGUUUGUACUUCGUAAUGUUGGCUUCUCAUUGAGGAAGGACGACGCCUUGGCGCUGAAGGAGCUCAUUACUGAAGCGCAGCGCAAGGCAGCUGAUGUUGGGAAGAAGUUUCAGGAUCAAACUAGAGUUCGUUUCAUGUUGGAAACAAUGCUGGCGUUGAAAAACAACGACAUGCGCAAGAUUCCAGGCUAUGAUCCCGAGCCUGUGGAGAAGUUGAAAAAGCUGCAGAGGACUCUGAUCCAACGCAGCACGGCAGGCAGCGACAUGAAACUGCGAGUGUCUCUGGAAAACUUGCUGUCGGCCGACCAGGUGGGGCGCUGGUGGAUCGUGGGUUCAUCGUGGAGUGGAGCGCCUAUGAUCAGCAACCAAGAGAGCAAAGGUGUUGGUGAAGGACAGGUGAGGACAACAUCAUUUCAAUUUACCACCAAAGUCCUGGAACUGGCCCGAAAGCAGCGGAUGAACACGGAGGUCCGUAGGAACAUCUUCUGUGUAAUCAUGACCAGCGAGGACUACAUUGAUGCGUUUGACAAGCUGCUGAGGAUGGGGUUGAAAGACAAGCAGGAGCGGGAGAUUGUCCACGUGUUGAUGGACUGCUGCCUGCAGGAGAAAACCUUCAACAGCUUCUACGCCGUGCUGGGAGAGAAGUUCUGCGCUCAUGAUCGCCGCUUCCAGAUGACCUUCCAGUUCACCCUGUGGGAUAAAUUCCGUGAGCUUUCCAACCUUCCCGCCAGGUCUUUUAACAAUGUGUGCCAGCUGGUGACACGAUUCCUUCAGAACAAGUGUCUCUCAUUGUCACUACUCAAAGCAAUAGAGUUCGGCGAGCUUGACAAGCCCACAGUGCGUUUCCUGCGUCAAGUCCUCACUCGGCUGCUCACAGACACGGAGCCUGAAGAUCUCGUCAGCAUAUUUGCAAGGAUUUCUGGAAUUCCCCAGUUGGCAAUGCUGCGCGAGGGCCUGAAGCUUUUCAUCAGCCAUUUCUUGCUGAAAAACGCCGGGCCGCAGGACGACGUGCUGAAGGAGCGCGCCUGUAUUGCAACCAAGGCGAUGGACUCCAAAGAAGCUAGAGUCAAACUGUAA